GUGUUGGUAAGCGCGUGGAGCUGUGUGGCUGUGCCUAGUGUGUUUACUGAUUUUACUGUGUUUAUAUGAUUUAAUAUAUUUAAUAUAGAAAUAUAUUAUUAUACAGCAGAUCUUCAGUUUGUAAUAUAAAGCGCUGAGGAGCGGAGAGCAGCAUGGUGAGAGCUAAAAGGACGGUGCGAAGGCCGAGAGUGAAGCGAGUGGAGGAGUACGACAGUGAUGAUCCUGCAAAAUAUAAAAAUGAAGAUGUUCCUGAUAAGAAAUCUUUAAAGUACACAGAAGAUAAAGUAGACGAAUUCCACAACAAAACCAUCUCUAAGCUGUUGGCGCGUGGCGUACGGACAGAUAAUGAUUAUGAAGAUGAAGCGGACGAGGAAGAGGUGAUGCCCCUGACACUACAAGAUUCAGACGAUGAUGAGGAUGAUGAAGAAGAGGACGGUGAUGAUGGUGAUGAAGAGGGAGAGACGGAUAUGGAGAGUGAUUUGGAAGGGAAAAAGGAUGACGAUCUGCCGAAUGCCAUGGCCUGGGGGAGCAGGAAGAAUGCUUUCUAUGAUUCUGACUAUACGACUACGAAGAAGAAAUCGUUGGUGGAGACGGAAGCAGAAGAUAAGGAGGAAGAAGAGGAAGCUAAAAGCAUUCAGAGACGACUUGCAGCCAACCUGAGCGAGGAAGACUAUGAUCUGAAUCUGCUGCAGGAGUUUGCGGUGGAGGCUGAAGAUGAGCAGACGGAGGAGAGCGGAGAGAAACAGCAGAGGAUUGAGAAGGACCUGGAUCAAAUGUCUCAGAAGGAGAAGCUGAAACUGCUGAAGAAGGAAUCUCCUGAGUUACUGGAGCUCAUUAAUGACUUUAAAACUAAGCUGAGUGAACUGAAAGACGAGAUCCAGCCGCUGGUUCAGAUGGUGAAAGAUGGUAAAAUCCCUGCAGGAAAGGGGGCGAAUUAUCUCAUAACCAAGCAGCAGCUUUAUCUCAAUUACUGCACAAAUAUAAGCUUCUACCUGGUUUUAAAAGCCAAGAGGAUUCCAGCUCAUAACCAUCCGGUGAUCGAGAGACUGGUGACCUACAGAAACCUAAUAAAUGAGUUAGCAGCGGUUGAUGCUAAACUGGCUCCUCAGCUGCGGGAGCUUCUUUCUGGACACGAACAAGAGAGAAGAUUAACCAAGAGUAAACAGACCAGCAGGAGCAAGGUAUCUGAGGCUGUAGGCGUGGAGGAGGCGGAGUCGUCGGACUCGGAUGAAGAAGCUGCUCUGCGUUUCUAUAAAGGAAUCGAGGCGAGACUGAAACUGAAGAGGAAGAAUAAAGACCUGCAGGACGGCGGGUUAUCCACAGCCAAGGAGGACCAGGAGGAGGAGGCUGAGAUGGACGGAGAUGCUAAAAGAGGAAUCACCUACCAGAUGGCGAAGAAUAAAGGACUCACCGCCAAGAGGAAGAAGAUCGACCGCAAUCCACGAGUUAAACACAGAGAGAAGUACAGACGCGCCAAAAUCCGCCGCAAGGGUCAGGUUCGUGAGGUUAUGCGCGAGGAGACGAGAUACAGCGGAGAACUCUCUGGAAUUCGGGCUGGAGUUAAGAAGAGCAUCAAACUCAAGUGAUCAGAGCAAAAACAGCGUCCAGUUCCAGCGCAGAACGAUUUUAAUCUCUGAAAUCGGGGAAGAAACUCUGAUUUUAGUGUUCACAAAAUGUGUACAAUAUGCUAAUGAUAUGCUAAUGAUGUUCGUCAUUGUUGAUAAAAUGAUCACAUCCAUUAAAGCUUCAGAAAACGUGUUCUUUUAA